UUUUUGUUUUUUUUUUUUUUACCUGAAUUGUUCUUUUCCCCUCUUUUCCACCCAACAAACCAACAUUUGCGAAGAGCAGGUCAAGUGAUCAUUGCUCACACGACGGAAUCUCAAUUCACUAAAUAGUACGUGACAACAAGGAAGGAUCUCUAGAAGUAUUCACGCUACGGGGAUCGUGUUCAGAGAUCUGAACCAUACUUUCUCCCCUUGCCUCAUACUUGGCCCAUAUCGGCGCAUCUUACCCCAAGUUUAUCACGUUCACAAAGCUCAUUGUGUUAUUCGACGCGUCUACAGACAGGCACGCGAGUUUUUAGCUUGGAGAAUUUUGUCAGGGAUAUUUAUCCGGUAACGGCGCAAAGUAUAUUAUAUGGACAACAGACCGGCUUCGGAGUACGCGCAGUCAGGUUCGCACUUUCCAUAUCCACCGUCUGUCGCGCCCCAUUCUGAACUUCCAGCUGCAGACCAGGCAUCUGCUGCUGCUACUGCUCAAUACACGCCUCAGCCUGAGGUGCGCCCCAAUCCUCAAUACACACCGCAACCCGAGGUUCGCCCCGCCGCCAAUAUUUCCUCCUCCAACACGCCGCAGUCAGACUACGGUCUGAAUCAGCCGCCACCAGCCGCGCGCUCUCCAGCUUAUCCUGAUUACCUCGCCCGCCCGCCCCAGUACCAUCACGCGCCGAACACACAGGCCGGUGGUGCGGCAGGUAUGGCUCAAGCAACAAGUCCGUCUAUGCAUACCCUUCAUGAUGGGCUGCAAAAUGACCAUCGCAAUCACACGAACGUAAAGUCUGACGCGGACGUUCCUAUAGAUCCCUCAAUCGCGGCCUCUAGCCCCACCUAUCCUCCUCCCUACUCGCCUUAUCAGCCACAGGGUCAUGACAUGGCCCAGUAUCAAGGUCACCCUCCUCCGCCGCCUCCACAGAUGUAUGCGCGUCCAGAUUGGUCGCAUGGGUAUGGUCAACAUCAGCACGGUCUGCCUGGACCUUAUACCACUCCUGCCACAACGGUUGGUCCCGCCUCCCCUGCUGCGACCGCAGGGCCGCGCCCUGGCCAGGUCUACUCAUUCGUUCCGAUCCCCGGUGCGCAACAGCAUAAGCGACCACGUCGUCGGUAUGAGGAAAUUGAGCGUAUGUACAAGUGUGGAUGGAAUGGCUGUGAAAAGGCAUAUGGCACACUGAACCACUUGAACGCGCACGUUACCAUGCAGUCUCAUGGAGCCAAGCGAACUCCUGAAGAAUUCAAGGAAAUUCGUAAAGAGUGGAAGGCUCGCAAGAAGGAGGAAGAGGCUCAGCGCAAGGCUGCCGAGGAACGCGAGCGUGCUGCUGCUGCUCAGGCUGCGCAAGCCAACCAAGUUGAUGCUCCUGGCCCUGGCGAUCCGGCGCAGGCCGGUCAACCUCCCGCCUACCCGGGCAGUGUCCGUCCUCAACUGCCCCCGAUCGGGUAUCAGCCCGCUGACGGCCAGGUGCCUGGUCAGUACGGAGCUCCUGGCGGUGGCAUGGUUUAUCAGGGCAACGGACAGAUGGCCUAUCCUCCAAACUACCCUCACUCGCCUUAUGGCCAGAGCGGUCAAGUAUACCAGCAACAAAACCAAUCGACCAGCUACCCGCAAUAGAUAUCCAACUUCCCUCUCUUCUCUCAGCUUGAAUAUUCUAAUACCAAAUUCUCCUAAUCGUGUAUCGCCACCCCCGGAUCUAAUUCUUUAAAGUCUUGCGCACAUGAUACCAUUUCCUGGCCUUGAUUGCUCCAGUCAAAAGAGUGGCCAUGCGACUUACGCUUCUGUCCCAGUUAUGUUUUUUUGAAUUAGAUCGCUUGACAAAAGGGAGAGAAUCUCCUUUAUCGGGGAAUCCCACCUUUGUUUUUCCCUCGCGAAUACCGGCUAUAGGAUUGUGAUUUGAGAUGUCUGGCGGCGGGGCAAUCUGCAUUAGCUGAUGUUCUUUCCCUUUCGCUUGUUCGAUUCCGUUUGUUCUUCAUGCGCUUUAUUCCCUGUGGAUUAUGCAGAUCAUGUUUCUAUUAAAUUCACCUUUCUUCUGUAUGUGAAUUAUUUGUUAUGGCCCUUGCUUUCGUCUUCGACUGUCCUCCCUGCUUCGGCCAAAUUUAUGUUACCCUGGGUUUUGGUCCCCUAAACUGUGCAUUAUUUUCUAUGGUCCAUGGCCUUUGUUCAUCUAUUUGUCUGGUCAUGGACUGGUGGCUACAGUCUUCCACGCAACUCGGAACUUUCUCCUCUUUUGCAUUUCUUAUGAACUUCUGAAUACCUACGAUACAUGUCAAUAAUUGUGGACAUAUUUGCACGGAAAGUGCGCCUUCA